AUGUCCACCGGACGCACAGAGGAAGCCGCCGGGAGCGGGGAGACGGUGUGCGUGACGGGCGCCGGCGGGUACAUCGCCUCGUGGCUCGUCAAGCUCCUCCUCUCCCGCGGCUACACCGUCCACGGCACCGUCCGCGACCUCACGAGAAAUGCUGGGUCCUGCUGUUACUGGCACCAUAAAUGUACUCAAGGCUGCCUCUGCUGCAAAUGCCGUCGAGCGGUCGUCGUUUCAUCCAUGGUUGCCGUUGAGGUCAACCCGAAAGAUUGGCCCAAAGACAAGAUCAAAGAUGAGGGUUGCUGGUCAGAUGAUAAAGAAUUCUGCAGGAAUGAUGAGAACUGGUAUUCUGUUGCCAAGAUUUCAUCAGAAGAGGCUGCACUUGAAUAUGCGAAGCAAACCGGGCUGGAUGUUGUAACUGUCAACCCAACUCUGGCGUGCGGCAGGCGACGGCGCGACGAUUCAAGCGGAGUGCGGAGGCGCAGAGCAUGGCAGCAAGCUGCAGCGCCGCCAGCUGCCGCCACAACCCGCAACCGGCAAGCCCCCAGUGGGCAAGGGCCAGGGGCACGACGCGCACGGCCGCAGGGGAUGGCGGGCCGGUGGCCUUGGCGGCUCUGCGGCAGCAUUGGGGGCGGGCAGAGCUGCAGCGGCAUUGCGGUAGGUCUGUCGCGAGAAAUGCUGGGUCCUGCUGUUACUGGCACCAUAAAUGUACUCAAGGCUGCCUCUGCUGCAAAUGCUCGGCGAGUGGUCGUCGUUUCAUCCAUGGUUGCUGUUGAGAUCAACCCGAAAGAUUGGCCCAAAGACAAGAUCAAAGAUGAGAAUUGCUGGUCAGAUAAAGAAUUCUGCAGGAAUGAUGAGAACUGGUAUUCUGUUGCCAAGAUUUCAUCAGAAGAGGCUGCACUUGAAUAUGGGAAACAAACUGGGCUGGAUGUUGUAAGUGUCAACCCAGCUGUGGCCUUUGGUCCUCUUCUGCAGCCAACACUCAACACAAGCUGCCAGUUCCUCGUCUACUUCCUGAAAGGAGGACCUGAUCAAAUGAGGAACAAACUUUGGCACAUUGUUGACGUUCGGGACACUGCUGAUGCUCUUCUGCUGGUCUAUGAGACACCCGAAGCCUCCGGCAGGCACAUCUGUGCUCCUCAUUUCAUCAGCGCCCAUGGCCUGCUGGACAUGCUGAAGAGCAUGUACCCUGAUGAGUACCCUUUCAUUAUUGGGAUAGCUGACUUGAUUUCAAAAAUUGGUAGGGAGAGCAUCUAUGACAUGGACCACCCAGCUCCAAUGCCGUCCGAUAAGAUGAAGAAGCUGGGAUGGAAGGUCAGGCCGCUAAAGGAAACAAUUGCGGAGACCGUCGAGUUCUGCCAGCAGGCUGGGUUUCUCGAGGACCUGGAGGGGACUCCCUGCCGUUUUCCUUCCUUAUACAACAUAAUCUAG